UCAACACAACCAUUUGCUUACUCAUAUCUUUACUACUUCAAUACAAUCUAACUAAAAGUACUGAGUUUUCUUCUCAAAAAAGGAAAGUACUAAGUUUGAUAAGAAGAAUAUCUUUUUUUUCCCGUUAAAAAAAAAAAAAAAGAAUAUCUGUUUUUUUUUUUUUAAUUUAUUUAUUUUUUUAUAUAUCAAAAAGAGUGCCUUUUUUUUAGUGUACUCCAUUGCUAUAAAUUAAGCACUUUUGAGAUUUAGCUUUAUGAGUCUUAUAAGACAUUCAUCGGCCCCACAAUAUCUAACGCAGUCUGAUAUUGGGUCCAUGAAUUUAGAGAGUGGUAGUGCUAGCAUGGUGAACUUGUCAGAAGACGAAAUCAUGUUGGCUUCUAGGAAUCCUAAGAAACGAGAUGGGAGAAAGAAGUUCAAAGAGACAAGACACCCAGUAUAUCGUGGAGUUAGGAGGAAGAACUCACAGAAAUGGGUUUGUGAAGUGCGUGAGCCAAAUAAGAAGUCUAGAAUUUGGCUUGGGACUUUUCCCACUGCAGAAAUGGCAGCACGUGCACAUGAUGUGGCUGCCAUUGCACUUCGCGGCCGAUCCGCAUGCCUCAAUUUCGCUGACUCGACAUGGCGACUGCCAGUUCCAGUGUCAACAGUGGCGAAGGAUAUUCAACGGGCAGCAGCGGAGGCGGCUGAAUUAUUUCGACCUGCAGAGUUGGAUGGGGAUUCUAGGGAUGAAUUGAGUCAAGAGUUAGAAAAUGCAACAACGACAACAAUGGCAACAACAUCAGAGGUGGUUGAGACGAAGGUGGAAGAUGUGUUUUUUAUGGAUGAUGAGGCAGUUUUUGACAUGCCAGGGUUGUUGACAGAUAUGGCAGAAGGGAUGUUGUUGUCUCCACCUCAUUGUUACAAUGAAAAUGACACGGAAACUAAUAGUAACAUGGCAUUAUGGAGUUACUCAAUUUGAUUGAAAUAUUAAUAAUUUAUAGCUUAAUAAUAUUGAGCUUAAUUUAGUGCCUUCUCAAAAAGAAAAGAAAAAGAGAAGAAGCUUAAUUUAGCAUAUAAAAUGGUUGCUUAUUAGGAAUAGAAUUUUUGUUUUCUAUGCUUAUUGUUUUUGAUUAAGUGUGGUGUUAUAGGGAGGGGGGAAGUACUGCAAGGGAAAAUCAUACUUUGGGCAAAUGCCAUGCACGAGUAUGACUAGUGUUGGUAGGGUCAUCGUGUCCCAGACAGUAUGAUUAGUGUUGAAUUAUAUUCCGUUUUCCAUAAUGUAUGGUAUAAGGUAUAUUUUUGCAAAAUAAGUUUGUACUUUAA